UUUUAACGGAACGCUUGACAAGCUGUGCGUAGAAAGCAAAAGGAAAGGCGACGUGUAUUUUUUUUUAUUUAGUUUGUGAAAAAUAAGUGGGCUUAAAAAAUUAAUUAACGCUAUUAAAGGUUAAACAAAUAUACUCAUAUGGGGCGCAAACGAAAAAUACCAAUUGCAGAUGAAGAAAAGGAGAAUACAGUCGCUGCAAGCCGCAAACGGGGUGGUGGCGGUGGCGUCGCUGCAAGCAAUCCCAUGAUGCUGCACGGUCCCAUGUAUAGAAUAAUGUCCAAUGUGCAAUUAAACGAAACCAGCCACAAAAAGUACAUCAAGGAAUUGAAGCAACUGUACGCGAAGAUGGAUCAUGACGCCUUCAUGUUUACCUUCAUCAAAAUGAUAAAAACAGCAAUGGUAGCUGAUGAAGGAAAUGAGUAUGCAGAAACAACUUUAUUAUUUUGUUCUAAAUUCGUCAGCUCAUAUGAUGGCGAUGAUACACAUCCGCUGCUAAUUGAUAUGAGCAAGUGGCUGCUAACUACUAUUUCGCGUAAUCCACACAUUCGUUUCCGCAUAUGUCAGUUUGUUAAUAUGAUACUCAAGGCACUUGGCCAAGAGGCAGCGCUGGAUGACGCCAUUUGUGAUCGUAUAAUGGAUUAUAUGCUGCACCGCUUACACGAUACCUCACCGAAUGUGCGGGUGCAAGCGAUUUUAGCAAUGCAGCGCUUACAAGUACCGGAUAAUCCCGACGAUCCUGUUUUGCGCGCUUACCAGUUUCAUCUCUGUUCAGAUCCAUCAUCUCGUGUGCGUCAGGCAGUAAUAACAUGUAUGGGACGUAACUAUCAUACAAUUCCUUACAUAUUGGAACGAUUGUGGGAUAUCGAUGAAAAAGUUCGCCGACACACAUAUUUGCAUAUGAGCAGUUAUCCAGUCCGGUCUUACAAGGUAUCACAGCGCCUAACCUUAUUGCAGCAGGGGCUUAACGAUCGUUCAGAAGCAGUGCGCAAAGUAGUAGUAACAAUAAUGCUGCAACAAUGGAUUGAGUCCUAUCAAAAAGAUCUCAUUGCUCUAAUAUCUGCAUUGAAGCUGGAUUCGAGCGAAGCCGAAAUCGACCGGUUUCGAAAAGUAGCUAAGCAAACAUUGAAAGAGAUUUUCAAGCGUCAAAGCAAAGAAGACUUGCUUGCUUGUGUACCCUUAGAGGAAGAGGGUGAGAUGCAUCGUUGCGUGCCGCAUGAAAAACUGUCAAUGGAAAUUGCAUUGUAUUGGCAAUGCUUGACAGAAUUCUUGCAAUCGGAAAUGGCAGAAGAGUUCGACUUAAUUGUGCCGGAGUUGAGCACGUUCUGUACAUAUGUGGAAAAAUAUUGCCAAUCACAGAAACCAGAUAUGGAUAAAUUCGAGCUAAUGGAAUUCCAAUAUAAACUUCUUUCCCUGAUGGAAAUAUUGUAUACAUUUGAUUUGGGCGACGAGAUAGGGCGUGGAAAUUUGCAAAAACUGCUUUCGUAUCUUUUAAAAACAUUCCGCCUUGAUGAAAAGGUUAUUGAAGUUGUUGUACGUUGUGCAGAGAAUCUUAUAUCUGAUCAAAAUGCACGCAUACAGCUAUUUGUGGAGAUCAUACAAGAUAUCUGUGGUUUGAACAGUAAACCAAAUGAUCUUUUGCACGAUCGGACAUUAAUCAGCGAAUUAUUGGCGAGCUCAUCAAAUGCAGAUCUAAAUUUAAAAUUAUCUUCGCUAAAGGUUAAGCUUCUUGAUUUGGAGGAACAAGAAAUGAAUUUUGUACAACGUAAAGAUUACAUGCGUGCGCAGCAAAUAACCGAGGAGAAAUAUGCCACCACAGAAGAGUAUACGAACUUGUUGCAACCGCUUUUAGAUAAUCAUCCAAAUGCAGACAUGCUAAAGCGUCCAUUACAGCUGCGUAAAACGACGAAACCGGAAAGCAUAUUGAAGAGUUUGCAAAUAGCCUUCUAUAUGGUCGUUUCACCUAAAGUGCGCUCACUUAAUCCGAGCAUUUUAAAACUGUAUAAUGACUUUAUUUGUCGUCAUCUUGCCUCAAAUCAAAUUGCAAUCCGUGAUUGGGCUUUGAAAUGUGGUACCGCCUGCAGUAUGCUGUACGAGGCGCUAGCAAAAGAUGUUUUCGAAGAAUUAUAUGCGCAGUUUUUUAAAAAUCACAAUAUUCGUAUUUGGGAGACCUCCAUAACGUGUAUUUUCGAGCUGCUGGACAGAUAUGGUUUGGAUAAUUUUGCCAAGCAAGAAGAGCAAAGUAAAUCGAAGAAAAGCGGUCGACAGUUGUAUAACACAUUAGAAUUUCUGGACAGUGAAGACGACUCAAAUGUUCUAAAUGCCGGCCAAGGCGUAGAUGUGAUCUAUAUGAUGUCGCAUUUUCUGGACACCUGCGAUGAUACUUGUAUAAUAAGUGCAAUAAUAGUCGGCUUCUGUCGGCUUAUAUUGCGUGGCUAUAUUAAGUCUAGCGAUAUUAUUGAAAAAUUACUUUUGCGAUAUUUCAAUCCGAGCACAGAUUCGAACAUAAAUCAAAUAUUGGGUGUAUUUCUGGAAAAUUUGAUACUGCGAAAGAAGCAUGGUUUACUGCAACCUUGUCUACUGCCUAUGGUGUUAACAGUGCUAGGAGCACCAUAUGAGAAUCCAUUGCACGACAUACGUCCUGAGACCAUAACUCGCUUUAUCAUAGACUCUACGCGUCAGGAGACUUCUCAACUAACAGAGGGCUACAUACACAACAAAAUUGCUCACACAUUCUUGCAAGAAAUGCUGAACAAUCUUACCAACAAGGAACUUUGCAAACUGUUGUCUAAAGAGCUGAUUACGUUAGAAUUAAAUGUAACACAGAAUGAACAACUAAAGCUUGAAUUGAAAGAGUGUGCUGAUAAGUUGAUAAAGGCUGAUUUCGAUCCUAAGACUGUAAAGCAUAUAAUAGAUUUCAAAGAUUUAGUUGAUGGAAAUUAUAAUCCUGCACGCAAACCUGCAGGGAACGAUUCGGAGGGUGAAGAGGAUAGCAAUGAUGAAACGGAGAAUGAUGCGAAUAAUGACGACGACAAUGCCACAGUGACAACGGGGCGCAGUAAAACGUCAGUCGGUGAAGUGGUAGAGGAGCCAUCCCAGCAACCCCCACCACAGCCACCUCCUAACGUCGUCAUAACUGCAGUAGAAACAAUUAUCACGCCGGCGUUAGUCGCUGCUCCCGUCGAGCCUGCUGUCACGUCUGCUACCGCCGCAGAAGUUCCUGCUCCAGUUGAGCCUGCUGCCACGUCAGCUUCCGCUGCAGAAGUUCCUGCUAUAGCAGUAGCAGAUGGUGCCAUAAUAACAAAAGAUAUUUCACCUUCAGCGCGUGUGCCCACAACGUAUGGACGUGAGAACCGAGUGGGGCAUCGUUAUUUGCGCAAAUCUCUCAAUUCGACACGUGGUCAAUCGGACACGGAAGGGGGCGAUGGACCACAUCGCUCACCGAAGAUACGCAUUGAAGCGCGCAUUGAUUCUGAUAAGAAAACGGAACAGCCAGCACACGAAGAGCGAAGAGUGCGCAAUUUACGGGCAAAGCGCAAUUUGCGUUAUAACGAUAAAAAUUCUCAAUCAGAGGAAGAAGAGCCUGUUAAGCCUUCGAAAAGUGCAGCCCAAACACACAAUAAACGACGUGCACAUCUGCCCACUGUUGAUGUUGAUGAUGAGCCUGAAGUGAUUUCGUCCCCUAAGCAAACAUCAAAUGCAAAAGGCAGUGCUAGUAACUUUGAGCAAGCUCGAAAUGCUGCUAGUCCGGCUAAGCGGCAAACGAAGGAGUUAAUUAAAGAAAAAUCUGCCGACGAGCUUUUGGAAAAGAUUGGCGAACCGAGACGGGAACAAUCCAGGGAACAGCCAAAAGAGCAGAUAAAAACACGUGCCAAAGAGGCAGAGCGAGCGAUAGUAUCACCGGCUAGGACAACCAGACCGGUGCGGGCGUCAUCAAGAAGAGCUAAACAGAUCAGUACGGCUGAGCUCAAUACAUCCGACGUUAUACAGCCUUCACCACCGGUGGCGAUAUCACCACGUACGAUUGUUCGACGUCAGCGGCGUGCCGGUGGUGGUGAUAUAUCAGUCGCUAAUCUAACUCAAUCUGCGCGUCCUGCAACGCGAAGUCAUUCUGCUCAGCCAGCACAUAAUCAACACCCCGAUACAUCCAUUGACAGCGCAGUGGUAGAUAACAUCCAUCUUCAGGUUCCCACUACCGCUAAGACACCAGCGCCAGCUCGCUCCAGUUUAAAACGUGCGCAUCAUUCUACGCCAGAACCAACUGGAAGGUUAUUGCUUGGAGAGAUGGUUGUUUCACCACAAUUAGAAUCGCCGAUUCUCAAGCGUCUGCGUGCUGAAACACCAGCCAAGCGGCAAGAGAUACCAAGGCGAACUCGGAGUAGUAUCUCUGCAUCAGCUGUCGAGCAAAAAGAUGAUGAUGCAACAAAUGAAAAAAAUAAGGAGGAAGUUCCUAAAAAGCGUGGACGUGGUCGCCCGCGUACCCGAUCUGAGAAGUUAAAUGAACCGCGAAAUAUAAGACCGACUACACGCGCGUCUUCUUCUAAACGUGCUCUCUCGGCCACCCGCUCCCGUUCUGCAACACGUACGCGCUCUAUCAGGCGUACAACCUCUGCUACACAUACACGCUCUGUUACAAGUACAAGCUCUAUUAAAGGCGCUCCUUCGAAUACACGCACGGAUGGAGGCCAACGUACGCGCACUGUAUCUGCCAUGCGUACAGUACCAAUUACACGCUCAGCGUCUGUGUCCCGCACGCGCUCAGGCGCUGUCACAGACGCCAUAUAUGCUACACGAACCGACGCCAACGCGCGCACCAAAUCUGCUUCACGCGCAAACAUUUCGACGAUCGCUGUCGUAGCUGCCUCCAGUAGGGCGGAGGAUGCGCAGAAUAACAGAUCAAAUACGAGCACGCGCGCUGACGCACACACAUCAUCCACUCUUGUAGCGGAAAAAAGCGUCACAGAUGAAGCAAAUAUCUCGACGACGCGCGAUGGUGUAAGCGAGAAGUCGCCGCAACCAACCGGAAUGAUGACACGUCGUCGUUUGUCGAUGAGUGGUGGUCGCCUUGAUGAUGGAGCAGACGCUAGCGCCAAACCAGUUGUGAGCGAAGCUCCAGACACUGCGCCGCGCAGACGUUCAUUGCGCACCGAAACCGCUACAGUCAAAUUCGCCGCAGCGCCACCGAAUAACGAAGUGGAUGAAACGAAUAAAUCUAAAAUUCGAAUGCAGCCGAGUAGAAUACCAGUGCGCGCUUCAAGCAGCAAAUUGGCAACAAGUAUGAAAACAAAGAUUGCCACGCGCGUUUCUUCUUCGUCGCUUGCGUUGGCGCCAAGGACGGUUGAAUCCAAUUCGAGCAGCGGCAGCGGUAGUUCGGGCACCGAAGAGACGAUGAAAACCUUAGGCGCAGCUAUGUUGCGUAGACGCGCACUGGCUACCAAAAUGACGCGUAUCAACUUGGCGCAACGCACCAAAGGCAACCCGAUGCCGAUGGAGUUGGCGAAGCCGGCGCGCGUACGUACACCUGUUAAAAAUGUGCCAUCAGUUUCGAAAUUGCGUCCGAGGAAACCUUAGGAGCUACCUACUUAUAUACAUACAUAUAUUUUUAUAGUAUUGUCGUUGAAAACUAUGUAGUCCUUUGUCGUUAUAUAUGUAUACUACAUAAGUUUUAGGCUAAUUAUUACUUUAGAUUUGUGUGUAUACAUACAUAUUUCAUUCUGAUUUAUUUUUUGGUACAAAUUUAUUAGCAUCCGCUUGAGGCCUAUACAAAUUCGAAUAAUACAUACAUAUUAGAAAAUUCCAAAUAUUUUAGUAGAACUACAUGAAAAUUACCAUGAAUUAUAAAAUUUCAUAUCGAUUUUUAUGUAUUAUAAUGCUUUAGCUACCUUUUAAAUAAAAUGAAUUUCGAAUUUAAUAAAAAAAUGUA